GGUGGGUUUCCCUGCUUCCUUCCCUGCUUUCCUCCCCUUCACUCGGCCCCCAUGUCUCUCCCAGCCCAGCCUCCCUCCUGCCCGUUUCCUUAGCAAUAGGCCAUGACGCUGAGCCUCCUCCCCAUGCCUGCCUCCUCCCCUCCUUCCUCCUCCUCCAUUCUCCCCAUGGCCGGCUCCUGCUCGGCCCAGCUGCAUGGCGAGGCGGCCGCCUUCACCGCUGCCCUCCGCUCCCUGGUCAACAACCCCCAGUUCAGUGAUGUGACGUUUGUGGUGGGCCGGGAGCAGCAGCAGGUGUUUGCACAUCGCUGUGUGCUGGCGUGUCGCUGCCAGGCCUUCCGGGGGAUGCUGACAAGUGAUGAGGACCCCCCCAGCAGCAUCCCACCCCAGGGACCCUUCAUCCUGGGUAACGUACAGCCCGAAGUCUUUCUAGCUGUCAUCGAGUUCCUCUACACUAACAGCGUCACCCUCAACAGCCACAUUGUGCUGGAGGUGCUGACCUCAUCGGUGGAGUACGGCCUGCAGGACCUGUGCAAGCUCUGUGUGGAGUUCAUUAAGGAUACGCUGAGUGUGGAGCAAGUCUGUGAGGCCUUGCAGGCUGCAGUGACCUACGGGCAGGCGGAUCUCCAGCAGCACUGCCUGGCGUUCAUUGAGAGCUACACCAUGGCAGUGGUGCAGACACGGGGCUUCCAUGAGCUCUCCGACACGGUGCUGGCACGGGUGCUGCGCAGUGACCAGCUGGCUGCAGACGAGCUGGACCUGGUGCAAGCUGUGCGGGAGUGGGCGCACGUCAGCUCGGCCGUCCUGGAGCGGCCGGUACCUGAGGUGGCCGCUCUGCCCGUGCAGGAGCUGCGCCUGCCCUUGCUGGCACCCAGCGAGCUGGCAACGCUGGAGAGCCAGAACCAGCGUGAUCUGCUCAUCCCAGUCGAUAGCAUCGCAGCAGCCUGGCGCUCCCAUGCACUGCGGCGUGGAAGUGGGGUGCCCUCCCACCUGUGUCGACCCCGGCGCGGCACACGGCCCCGCAACCACCACCGCCACCUGGACCCACACAGCAAGUAGGGGCUGUGCCCCCUACAGCCCCCCUGCAGCAGCAGUGCGCCCUGCUCGGCACUGAGCAGCAAUAAAGUGCUUUUCCACACUUGCUAGAUUCAAAGCAGGAUAGGAGGAUCAUCCGGGCAGCCCAAGGGAAACAGGAUGGGCCCAGCAUUAAAUCUUAUCGCAUCCAGGUCCCAUCCUUCCUGGGGUAGUGCUGCCCUCCGCUGGCAGCAGGGCUGAGCUACAAGAGCGCACCAGGGCCCCCGCAUGGCGAAGAUGGAGAAGGGGCUCAGCAGGGCAUGAGGCAGCUCCCAGCCCCACACCCAGCAUUGCCUGGGCUGCAAAACCUCCAUCACCACCCCCGCCCCUCUUUGCACAGCCCAUUGCACACACAGCUGUGUGUAUCUCAUCCCACCCCCCGAGCUGUGCCCCCCCCCCCAGGAGACAGGGUCAGACACAGCGGAUAAUUUAUAUAUAAUAUAUAUAUUUACUCUUUAAAAAUAAACCUUCAGUUCCCCACUACCGCCUGUACAAACUACAAAAAUAAACCUUUGCUCUCUUUGAUAUAAA